CCUUCGCUUCUCGCGCAGGCGCAGCCUGGGUUCUCCGGCCCCACAGCCCGGAGCGGCAGGUUCCGCGUUCUUCAGCGGCAGCUGCCGUCACUUCCGGCGGCGUUGCUAAGCAACUGCGCGGCAUUUCCAAACACUGCAGGCUAGAGGCUGCGGCGCCCCGCCUCGCAGUCGCCUUUCCAAGUCUGAGAGCGCCAUGGGCACCUCGGCAGAGAUGCAGGUGCGGUUCGGAAGGCGCUCUGGACAGGUGAAGGGAAGCACGGAAAUAAAGAACUCCAACGAAGAUCAAGUUCUCUAUCCACCUCUUCUACCUAGCAAAGUAGAUCUCCAGCAGGUCACCAUAAUUCCACACAAUGAGUGGGAAAGGAUUCGAGAUAGCAUUGACGGUAUGACAAGAAAAGCAGCAUGCCUUCGCGCAGAAAGAAAGGCAAAGAAAGAAAUGCAUCUCCGAUCCCAAGAAGUGGUAAAACAUUGGGCUCGAACAUAUGCAGGGAUAAAAGAACAAAAACUUAAAGCCAAAAAGAAGCGUGAUGAAGAAAUAGAGGCCGAAAGACAAAUUCUUGAUCUGGAAGAAGCGAUAUACAAACAAGGAGAAAGAAGAAAGGCCAUUGAACAUGCAAAGCAAUAUCAAUUUUACCAGACAGAAAGACUGAAAAACUUUCAUUCAGGACUUCUUCUUAGUAGAGUGAUGAAAGAACGUGAUGCUCAGAUUGAAUCCCAAAAGAGUAGAAUAAAAUCUGAUGAAAAAUGGGAGGAACAACUGAAACUCAACAUUGAAAAAGCUCUUAAGGAAGAACAAGAAAAAGCAGGAAAACAACGCAGAGAUAGAAUAGCUCUUGCCAAUGAUCAUUUAAAACAAAUAAAGGAACAUGAAGAGGAAGAAGAAAGGAGGAGAAAAUCUGAAGAAAAUGAUGCUGAGGAAAUAAAGCGACAGAAUGCAUUAUAUGAAAUAGAAAUGAGAAAAAAACUAGAAAAGAAAAAUAAAGAGAUAAAGGAAAGGAGGAGACUAUUUUUUGAACAUAUGAAUGAUAAAAAUAUCAUCAAAGCCGUAGAACAGCAGCAGCAAGAGGAGGAAGAUGAAAAGAUCAGAAAAUUUAUCAAAACAAAAAAGCGUCUUAUACAAAUGAGGAAAGAAAAAGAAGCUGAAACACACAGGCUAAUGGAGGAACGUAGAAAAAGAAUAAAUAACUUCCUGAGUGAAAUAAUAAAACAGAAACUUGACAAUGAAGAUAUGAUUCUUGCUAGAAAUAGUGAAGAAGUUGAGGCUGAAUGGGAAAAAAGAGAAAGAGAGAAAGAUGAAAAAAAUAAAGCAGAAUUAAAAGCGAUUGAAGAAUAUAGAGUCUUUGCGAUGAAAAACAAAGCAGAAGAAGAAAGACAAAGAAAAAUUGAGGAUAAAGAACAUUUGCUGGCUGUCAUGAAAGCGGACCAGAUUUUCUAUGAGCAUGAAAAGGAGAAAAAACGCAAAAGUGAUAAAGAACGUCUUGAAGUUCAAGAUGCCCAUAUUCAGCAAAUGGCCAAAAAUAAGUUUAAUGCAAAACAAGCAAAAGAAGACCAUCGGGAGUAUUGCAGACUUACUGAAGAACUUAUGGCUGAAAAGGAGAAACAAUUUCAAGAUUAUGCCAGGGAAGUAAUUAAAUUUGAGUCUGAAUCAACAAAUAAACAUAUUUAUCCUCUUGUAAAAUCUGUACAGAGAGGACCUGGAGGUGGCCAUGGACCAGUUCUUACAAACAGAGGUGGAUUAAGACCUAGCUAUCAGACAAAUGAUUUCCAGCUCCCUUCUUAUAAUUUGCAGGGAUCAAAAUAUAAUAAUUUUCAAAAGUCUAAGGGAAGGCUAGGUUUUACAUUGUAGGAAAAAGUUUAAGUUUGAGAGACUAAAUUGUAGCCAAUACUAUAAGCUCCAAAUGUAAGUGAAUUACUUGCUUAUAAUUUAAUAAAGCUGUUCUUCAUCUAAGUACAAUUAUGUUGGAUCCUCACCACUGAAGGUUAAUUCAUUUUUGAUAAAAAAUAUAUACACAAAAUAAAAUGUAUAAUUUUAGUCACUUAAAAAUGUGUUCAGUGGCAUUUAUAUUCAUAUUAUUGUAUAACCAUUACAAUUAUCAAGUUUCAGAACCUUUUCAUUGCUCAAAUGGAAACCCUGUACCUAUUAAGCAGUCACUCCCCAUCCCCCACUCUCCAUAGCCCCUGGCAACCACUAAUCUGCUUUGUCUCUGUGGUUUUGCCUAUUUGGAUAUUUCAUAUAAAUGGAAUCAUACUGUGGCCUUGUCUCAGAUUUAUUUCAUUUAGCAUAUUUUCAAGGUCUAAUGUUCUACCAUCGUCAGCACUUCAUUCCUUUUUAUAGCUGCAUGGAAGUACUACUUUUCUCUUCACAAAAUUGGGUACCAUUCAAUACUUAAAUUUUAGUUUCAAAUAACACUAACAAUAUGAUUACCAAAUGCAA